CGCAGCUAUUACACCAUGAGAGGAACGGUCCUACCACCCAGGGAGGCAUUAUUCCGGGAUGGGGUGGUGAUCGCUGCCUUUUCCGCUGCUACGCUACACUGGUGACCCCUCAGUUGGCUAUCCAGACAUAUAUCUAGCAGAGAUUGGCCUAAGUCUGAGUCUAACCACUGGCAGCGACUUGACCUGCGAGAGUUGUGUCUAACCAUGGCGACUUACACUAACAAACCGGCCGACGUCGAUGUCCUUGACGAGAAGCUUUACGACCCUGACCAUGUCGAGAAGGUAUCGCGCACUGUCGCGAUUGACAACUUCCAGGUCCUGGGCUUGAGGCCCGAGGAUGCCGAGUUUUACACCAAUUACCCUCCCGAGGCGAGAAAGAAGCUCCUCCGAAAGGUCGACAUUCGCCUGAUCCCCAUGCUGGCAGUCCUUUAUCUGAUCAGUCAUUUGGACCGAGCCAAUAUCGGCAAUGCAAAGAUUGAAGGUCUCGACACCGACCUCGGUCUUUCGGGCGUUCAGUGGAACAUCGUCCUCAGCGUCUUCUUCGUCCCAUACGUGCUCCUUGAGGUCCCAAGUAACAUGCUUCUCAAGAACUUCGCCAGACCUUCCAUCUACCUCGGAAUCCUAAUCACCUCCUGGGGCAUCAUCAUGACCCUGACAGGCAUCGUACAGAACUUUGCCGGUCUUCUGGUGACGCGAAUCCUCCUCGGGGUUUUCGAAGCUGGAUUCUUCCCCGGCGCCGUCUACCUCUGCACAUUCUGGUACAUGCCCAAGGAGCUCUCCACACGCAUUGCCAUCUUCUACUGCGCAAGUGCCCUCUCCGGUGCCUUCUCCGGCCUCCUCGCAGCAGGUAUCGCACAGAUGCACGGCGUCGCCGGCCAGGAGGGCUGGCGUUGGAUCUUCUUGCUCGAGGGUAUUGCCACCGUGGUUCUCGGUGUCAUGUGCUUCUUCUGCCUGAUUGACUCGCCGGCUUCUUCGGGGAAGUGGCUUACUGCUGAGGAAAUCCGAUACCUUGAGCUACAGCACUUUAUCAAGGAGGGCGGCCUCUUUAAGGAGGAGAAGAAGAAGACAUCGUGGAAGGAUAUCAAGGCCACGAUGCUAAACUGGCGCAUGUAUAUGCUUGCGUAUAUUCUCCUGGCGCAGUCGGCUUGCUCUUAUGGAACCAAAUUUACGCUCCCAACUAUAACCCAAGCAAUGGGCUUCAAAGACACAAACGCCCAACUAAUGACGGUCCCGCCCUACGUCGCGGGCGCAAUCUCCGCCGUAUGCUUCUCCAUCCUGUCAGACAAAUUCUACUGGCGGAUGCCCUUCGUCGCCAUCCCGCUGUGCCUCGUAACAAUCGGCUACGCAAUCAUCAUCUCACUCAAGGGCAAACUCGCUGAAAACGUCGGGCCCGCCUUCUUCGCAAUCAUCCUCACCUGCAUCGGCAUCUACCCAAUCCACCCGGCAACAACGUCCUGGACAGCGAAUAACCUUGCGCCGUCGAGCCGGAGGGCUGUCGGUCUCGCGUUUAAUAUCUGUAUUGGGAAUAUCGGAGGUGUUGUCGGGAGUUAUAUGUAUUUGGAGGCUGAGAAGCCGAAGUAUUAUACGGGGUUUGGGCUGAGUUGUGCGUUUGGGGGGUCGGCUUUGCUUGUUGCAUUGGCGCUUGAGCUGAGUUUUGUGUGGGGGAAUAAGAGCAAGGCGAAGAUGGAUGAGGGAGAGGUACGGGAGAGGUAUACGGAUGAUGAGUUGCUGAGUAUGGGGGAUAAGUCCCCGCUUUUCAAGUAUACACUGUGA